CCGCCCCGCCCCGCCGCGCCGCCGCCGUCUGGCGGAAGGAGCCAGGGGGCCGGUCUCACGUGGUGGGGCUGCCCGGGAGUCCCGACUAGUCGCCGCCGUGCUCCGUCCUCGCCCGCGGUCCCUGUCCCGGCCGGGCUUGGAGGCCAACUCCUUAACCUGGGACCUGCCCUCCAUCCUCCCCCGCUGUCCCCAGCGGCGGCGGGGCCAGAGGCGAACCCCUUACCUGGGACCACCUGCAGGUUGGUCCCUGCCCGGGGUCGGCCUGGAGGCUGGAGGGUGAGCGCCUAACCUGGGGACGACCCUCCGCCCCCUCCGGCGGCCCCUACGGAGAGUGGACCCCGAGAUAAAGUAUAGUGAUGGCUGCUGUUUAUUCUGGCAUUUCCCAUAAGCUUAAAAGCAAGACAACUUCCUGGGAAGAUAAACUAAAGCUAGCUCACUUUGCUUGGAUCUCCCACCAGUGCAUUCUUCCAAAUAAAGAACAAGUGUUACUUGAUUGGGCAAGACAGUCAUUAGUUGCAUUUUAUAAGAAAAAACUUGAACUGAAGGAAGACAUUGUGGAAAGGCUGUGGAUCUAUGUAGAUAACAUUCUGCACAGCAGAAAAUUACAGAAUCUCCUCAAGAAUGGGAAGGCGAUUAACCUGCAGGUUUCCCUGAUCAAGAUCAUAAAUGAGAGAAUAGCGGAGUUCUCGCUCUCGGGAUCCCAGACGAACAUCUGUGCUGUGCUCAGCUGCUGCCAGGGCAUCCUCUCGACGCCCGCCCUUGCGGUCAUCUACACGGCCAGGCAGGAGCUGAUGGUGGCCUUGCUGAGCCAGCUGUGCUGGUCGGCCUGCAGGCAGCCAGCAGCCGCUGUGGUGGCCCAGUUAUUCGAGGUCAUUCAUCUGGCCCUUGGCCAUUACCUCUUGAUCCAGCAGCAGCAGGUGAACCCAAGGCGUGCCUUUGGAGAGGUGACUGGGCAUCUGCUCCAGCCCUGCCUGGUCCUGAGGCACCUACUCUCAGGGGGCACGUGGACACAGGCUGGCCAGGGCCAGCUGCGGCAGGCACUGAGCCGGGACCUUCGGAGUCAGAUAGAGGCCGUGCUUCGAGGUGGCGCUUUUCAGCUCGAGCUGCUCUCGUCCUACAAGGAGGAGCUCUUGGACCAGCAGCAGGGGGACUCGAAGAUGGGGGCCAUGAAGAAUCUCCUCACCCCCAUGGACACCGUGGUUGCCAGGCUGGUAGAUGCUGGCUACUGCGAGUCGUCCCUUCAUGCUGUGGUUGUGGCCAACUCGGUGGCCUUGCUGUAUAAGCUCUUUCUAGACUCUUACUUCAAGGAGGGGAAUGAGCUGCUCUGCUUCCAGGUGCUUCCCAGGCUGUUUGGCUGCUUGAGGAUUUCACACCUGCAGGAGGAGCAGCUGCAAGCCCUGUCCACGGGGGAUUGGACCACAGAACUCCUGGUUGUAGAGCAGUUGCUGAGCUCCGUGGUGAGCAACAACAUCUACAACAUCGCAGCCGAUAAGAUUCGGCACGGAGAGGUCCAGUUCCGCUUCUACCGCCGCGUGGCCGAGCUGCUGAUAAACCACUCGCAGGCGUCCGUGCCGGCCUGGUUCCGCUGCCUCAGGGCUCUGAUGUCUCUGAACCAUUUGAUCCUGGAGCCAGACCUGGACGACUUGUUGGCCGCCGCGUGGAUCGAUGCAGACAUAGCAGAGUCUCGAACCAGAAAGGCCCAGGAGGCCCUCAUUCACACUCUCUUCCAGACGUACGUCAAACUCCGCCAAGUGCCACGGCUGUUUGAGGAGAUCCUGGGGGUGAUGUGCCGUCCCGCCGCCGAGGCGCUGCGGCAGCCGGUGCUGGCUGCGGGCCCCUCCUCGGUGCUCUGCGAGUGCCUCCUGGAGCUGCCUCCCAGUCAGGUCUUGGACGUGUGGUCCCUGGUGCUGGAGAAGUUCCAGUCCUUGGUCCUGCCUUAUCUGCGGGAUGACACCGACAUGGCCCUGAAGUCGCUGUCCCUGAGCUCCCUGCUGCACUGCAUCAUGUUCAACAUGCGGAGCCUGGACAGCAACACCCCUCUGCCCGUCAUCAGACGGGUGCAGGGCACCAUGCAGAGGAUGCUCCGGGAGCUCGUGAAGCCCCUGCUGGACCUCCUCCUGGACCCGCCGGGCCCAGAGCUGGAGCUGUGGCUGCACAAGGUCAGUGACUCUGCGCUGCUGCUGUCCCACACCUGGGCGCAGGUUGACACUGUGCUCAGUUUGAACUGUAGCCAGUAUCACGCUGCACCUGGGGCCGCUGCACCUGGGGUCCCUGCACGCGUUGCGCCGGAGGUCUCAAACUUCCCUCUGUUGCUCCCAGGUGUGGACACACACCACUGGAAGAAGAUAGAAAAGAUCACAGCUCAGUUUGACUCUGUGGGCAGGUAUUGCUUAGAACAGCUCUACUUGCAGAAAAUGAAAAGGACUUUGACGCAGACUGGGUUCCAGUGUGAGGAAGCCCUCUGUCCUCUGAGGGAUGAUGCCGCCUACAUACUCGCGUCUGGCAGAGAGAGCUUGACUGCGGGGACGACAGCUUCCUGGGAUGGCCAGGUGGGGACAGUGAGUGUGCUCACAUACCCUGUAGCUCACUGGCACUUGAUUGUGUCAAAUCUCACAAUCUUAACACCCUAUCUUUGUCCAGAUGACGAGAGGUACCUGGCCAGUGUCAUCCUGAACACUUUGCCAAUGAGCAAAGUCCAGGAGGGCUCAGCAGAUGAAGAGCCAAACAUCACACUUGAAAAAAUAUCUGCGGCUCUAUUUCAAAGCCCCCUCUUCCCAGAAAUGCAGUCCCUCUACUCGGCCUUCCUGCUGUGCCUCACUGAGAGGUGUGCCGGCGUGCUGUGUUCUGGAGCCUGGGGCGACCCGGUGCUUCUCGGUCAGCAGCUGCCCUGGCUUUUUGAAAAGGACCUUACAGGUGGGGCCCACUGGGAAACCAGGCAUGCCAAAGUCGGACCUGAAGGUACAGAGUCAAGAGGAGAAAUUGCCCAAACCUUACUGUCCUUGGCCAAGAGUGGCUUCCCGAUUCGGCUGGAGGGAAAACAGUUGGAGAGCAUCCUGGGGCUUUUGGAAGUCGUGUCUGCUCUGCAGCUGGACAGCCUCUCAACUGCCUGCCAUGCACACUUCUUCCUUCUGCUACUGUCCACAGCCAUGGCCAAGCUGCGGGGCUCCUGCUCCUCCUCACGGACCCUUAAGUUUCUGAUGACCUGCUACCGGCUUCUUGGUUUCCUGCAAAGAGGGAAGAGUGCCCGUUCAGUGCUCAAGGUCAUGUACGUCAGUGAUAUUUUUGAAGUCGUACUGACCUCACUGUUCAAAGCCAGUAGCAGAUUUCUUAUUGAUAGGGAUGACGACCCCUCUUGGCUGGAAUUCCUCCAAGUGAUAGGGACAUUCUUAGAACAGCUCCUGCAGAUGCUCAUCCAGAUGAAGCUCAGCUUGGUGCUCAAUUUUGGGAAAAUCGUCGCAUUCCUCUCCAGGUGCAAAGUGUACACUGAAGCAACUUCAGGCAAACAGAUGAAAAAGCAGAAUCCUCUGGGCCGGCAGCUCCUUCUGGUGUCUCUGACCACGUUGUGCCACGUCCUGGGGCCUUUUGUCCGAGAGCGGAGGCAGCAGCCCGAGGCCCCGGAGGCCCUGCCGGGGCUGUUGCAGCAGGCGGCGGUCCAGCUGGGCACCUUGCUGCAGCUCUGCGCGCCUUGCGAGGCCCGGGGCCUGCACUCUGCCUUCCUCUCCUCGGUCUGCACGCUCUUGGAAGUGGACGUGGGCCAGCAUGCCAGGCCCGGUGAGAGCGAGGUUUUGCAAGUCACGGGCAAAACGCUGCUCUCCGGACCCGCCCUCUACCAGAGCGUUUACUCGCAAGUACUGUCCGCGCUGCCGGCCCUGGCAGGACACUCCCAGUCCUUCCAGGCAGCCGUGCGGUUUUUAACCCUCUUCUCCUCGGCCCCAGAGCUGCACCCCAGGAAGGAGUCCGUUGUUACCUCCGUGUUUCAUUCUGUGAGAAACAUUCUCGCAGAUCCUGCGGUUCCGGGUCAGGUAGUCCAGGAUAUCGAGCCUCAUUUGGGAGCCUUGUUCACCCACAUGCUGGAGGUGGGGACCAUGGAGGACUUCAAGGGGAUGCUGCAGUGUGUUCUCCAAGGGCUGGACGUCAGGAACCUGUGGCAAGCAGACCAGCCGACCGUUCUGUCGUCUGUAACACUGGUGAAGUUGCUGCUGAACUGCCCACUCGGUGCAGAGAAAGCGAGCCUGUUCUGGCGUGCGUGCCCGCAGAUAGUCACGGCUCUGACGCUGCAAAACCGAGAGGCCUGUCAGGAGCAGCCCCUGCCCUUGGCGUUGGUGGAGUCCAUCUUGGACGUGCUGGCCGCCCUGCUGCGGCAGGGGGAGGAGGCCAUCAGCAACCCGCACCACGUCAGCCUGGCCUUCAGCAUCCUGCUGACGGUCCCGCUGGACCACCUGAGGCCCGAGGAAUACGGGAGCAUCUUCCCUCGGGUGCACAACGCACUCUUCUCCAUCUUGCAGUGCCACCCGAAGGUAAUGCGGAAAGCCAUCCCUUCUUUCUUGAGCUGCUUUAAUCGGUUGCUGUUUUCAGUUAUUCAUGAAGGACGGCAGAAAGAUAAAGGGAGUGCAGACGACCUGCCGGUGGUCCUCGAGUGCGCCCGCCUGGUGGAGAGGAUGUACAGCCACAUCGCAGCGCAGGCUGAGGACUUCACGGUGUUCGCGCCCUUCAUGGUGGCCCAGUACCUGACGGAGGUGCAGAAGGUCACCCUGUCGCCGGCCGUGAAGGGCCCCCUGCGGGAGGGCAUCUACCUGCUCCUGGACCUCUGCAUCGAGUCGGACGUGCAGUUCCUCCGGGCCUCGCUGCCUCCGGGUGUCAGGGACGUCUUCACGGAGCUGCACGGCGACUACACGAAGCACCACAAGGGGAAGCACGAGGGGGAGCGGAGGUACGCCGUCUGA